CACUAAGUGAAGCCCCGUGUCGGCGUCCGGCGCCUGUGGCGCCGCCGGGAGCCAGGUGGCCCGCCCAAGCCGGAACUCCGGGAGCAGCAGGCGCAGAGCCGGAGCGGACCCGGCCCGGGACCGGCCCGGGCUAACGGCCAGAGCUCGAGCGAAGCCCGAAGGGCCGGGCAGCCGGCCGGCCGGCGGGCCUAGGAGGGCGCAAGCGAGUCAGGGAGCGGCACGGAGCAGGCAGCAGGCGGGCGGGCUGACGGGCGGGCGGGAGCGGCGCGGCGCGGCGCGGGGCGANCGAGAGCACCCCGCGACUCUGGCCUGAGCGGGGCCCCGGGCUGGCCGGCCUGCCUCACCAUGCAGCCCCCGAGGUAGAGCCUGGACGGCGCCGAGGAGCGCGGAGCAGCGCGCAGCCCGCUUGCCCGCGCGUGACGGCCGUCCGGCCUCGCGCCUGCCUGAUCCUCCAGCCCGGACCCCCCCUGAAAUAUGUUCAGGGGCGCUUGGAUGUGGCCCGGGAAAGACGCCGCCGCGCUGACUAUCUGCUGCUGCUGCUGCUGCUGGGCUCCCAGGCCGAGCGACAAACCUUGCGCUGACUCUGAGCGGGCGCAGCGAUGGCGACUGUCCCUGGCGUCCCUGCUCUUCUUCACCGUGCUGCUCGCUGACCAUCUGUGGCUGUGCGCGGGGGCCCGGCCCCGGGCCAGGGAGCUGAGCAGCGCCAUGCGGCCGCCCUGGGGAACCGGCCGGGAGCGGCAGCCGAUGCCUCCUCGCGCGGUGCUGCCCCUGCCGCCGCCGCCGCCCGGCGAGCCCAGCGUGCCCCCGGGCACCUGCGGCCCCCAAUACAGCAACCUGACCAAAGCCGCCCCCGCUGCCGGUCCCAGGCCGGACUGCGGUGGCGUCCCAGAGCCCACGGGGCUGGACGCAGCUUGCACCAAAUUGCAAUCUUUGCAAAGACUUUUUGAACCGACUACCCCAGCCCCCCCACUGCGGCCCCCUGACUCCCCUUCCCGUGCCCCGGCCGAGUUCCCCUCCGCCAAAAAAAACUUGCUCAAAGGCCACUUUCGGAACUUCACUCUCUCCUUUUGCGACACCUACACGGUCUGGGACUUGCUGCUGGGCAUGGACCGCCCCGACAGCCUGGACUGCAGCCUGGACACUCUGCUGGGGGACCUGCUGGCCGUGGUGGCCAGCCCGGGAUCCGGGGCCUGGGAGGUGUGUAGCAACUGUAUCGAGGCGUACCAGCGGCUCGACCGACAUGCUCAGGAAAAAUAUGACGAGUUCGACCUCGUGCUGCAUAAAUACUUACAGGCAGAGGAGUACUCAAUCCGGUCCUGCACGAAAGGCUGUAAGGCUGUCUACAAGGCCUGGCUGUGCUCCGAAUACUUCAGCGUGACCCAGCAGGAAUGCCAGCGCUGGGUGCCCUGCAAGCAGUACUGCCUGGAGGUGCAGACCCGGUGUCCCUUUAUACUCCCUGACAAUGAGGAAAUGGUGUACGGAGGGCUUCCUGGCUUUAUCUGUACAGGGUUGCUGGAUACUUCGCCAAAGCGGCCAGAAACCAAGUGCUGUGACGUGCAGUGGGUCUCCUGUGAGUCGGAGAAGAAGAAGUUCAAGGAGACUGAGGCCCCCAAAACCCACCACCAGCAAUUCCACCACUCCUAUUUCCACCACUACCACCAACAGUACCACCACUACCACCCCCGCCAUGACCCCCCAGGCCACAUCAGCCACAAGCCCUCCCUGCUGCCGGUCUCUGGGGGCUCCCGCCUCAGCCCCAGCAGGAUCCGGCUCUAUGUCCUUGUUCUCAUGCUCCUCCAUACCGUGGUGUCCUUCUCCAGCAGCCAGGGUGGUGGAGGACUGGGGCUGGAGGCACUGCCUGCCCUAGAUGAGGGCCUGACUCGGGAAGAGUGACAGCAGGGAGGGAGGACAGACCUCCACCACACACUGACAUCAGCUCCAGCCCCCCAGCUGGAGGGGGAGGGGCUCCUCCCAUGGGAGGUAUAGGACCAGGUGGGGGCGGGGGGAAAUGGGGGGCCACACAUCACCCCCAACCUACCCCCACCCCAAAAGCAGCUCCAACAGAAUGGCCAGAGGGCCUCAGGGAGCUGCAAAACUCAUCCGGGAGAAAAAGGCAGGAGCAGCAGGUGCCCCCCCAGGUCCCCAUCUAUGGGGCUUAGCAAAAAAAAGGGGGGGGAGUGGGGGCUGGAAGUACCCACUCCUGCUGAGAGCCCUGACCCUAGGGAAGGAGGCUGCUCACCCAGCCUUGGCUCUGCAGGGAAUGUUGGGGGGCACAGAGGGGAGAAGAUAUUUCCCCCCUCCACAUUCCUUUUGUUGCCACGAUCCUUAAUUCCCUCCUGCCCAUACCCCUACAGGCAAUGGCAGACGGUGCCGUGGCCCUCCUCCCACUCCAGUGCACCUUGCCCCAUGUGGGGCCGCCACAGGCAAGUGCCAGGCUUGGAGAUGAGGUGUACACAGUCGUGGCUAGGUCGGGGCCCCAGUUAAGCUGUGUCCCACCACCCUAGGCAAUGAGGGGUAGUAAUGGGGUACAGAGUGAGUGGUGAGAGCGAGUGGAGUUAGAGAAGAGGGAGAAGAGAGGAGAGGAGAGGAGAGGAGGGAAGGGGAGAGGAGAAGAGAGCAGAGGAGAGCAGAGGAGAGGAGAAGAGAGGAGGGGAAAAGAGAUGAGAACAAAGAAGAGGAGAGCAGAGGAGAGGAGAGAAGGAGAGAGAAGAAGAGGGGAAGGGGAGGGGAGGGGAGAAAUGUGGGCCGAGAGCUUAGAGAGAUGACAGAAUCAUCUAUAGUCACCUGGCUUGGGAAGGAUGGAUGAUCAGUGUUGAGGCAAGCUCGAGGACAGCUCCCCAAAUCAGAAAGGGUCAUAACAAGUCCUGUGGGGGAAAGAGCACAGGAACUCGGUUGUUGGGCCUCGAAACAGAAGGCUGAUAGCACAUGGUCAGACUGCCACUGUCUGAAGGGCCAUUAUCUUACAGAAGGUGCACAUACUCCCAAGGGCCACUCUUGCCCUGGAGAUCUUGGCCUUGAGGCCAAAGAUGUUUCCAUUUCUGAUCUCCAUGGGGAGGAGGGACUUAAGCCCAGUGGGUCAGGCCUGGCCUGGGUCCCCAUACACCCUCAUUCUGUCCUAGCCCAGGCCUCCAUGAAGGAGAACCUGGUGGCAUUGUCCCAGGGCUUUCCAGAGAUGAGCCUCCCCCGUCCCCACACUGUCCCCAUCCCCAGCCUACCAAAGAGUAUUCGCCCCUUCCCAUCCCAGACCCUGUGGGUUACUGUCUCAACUGUGGAACAACCAGACUCUUCCUCACCCUGUAGCGGGUCCCCUGAUCCAGCCACCCCUGCCUCUUCCUGGAGAAGGUCCAGAGACAAGUGGGUCCCCUGAUCCAGCCACCCCUGCCCCUUCCUGGAGAAGGUCCAGAGACAGGCUACAGGACCCACUGAAUAAAGAAAAUGGGCUGUUGUCUCUUGGCUGAGACACUGGAACUGCUUAGUCAAGGCCUCUGGAGCCUCUUGGGGGCUCUUAGCCUUGUGCUGAUCUCCUGGGAGUGGGAGGCCACAUUGCCUGGGACAUCUAAAAGCCAAUAGGAGCAGACAAGAAAGGAAGCCAGAACUGUGUUCCUGGGACAGGUCAAGGGGCUUUCGGUGCCCAGAAGGGCCUGUGUCCUAGGCUGCGAUGCCAGUGAGUAAGGGAGGGGUGGGCCUGGAGCUGCACUCCCGCGAAACCAAGAAGGGGAUGGGGAGGGGACAGCCAGAAGUGGCUGGCAGGGGAGAGAUGGGAGACCUCCCCAGGAGAGAAGGAAUUGUUCAAGGACCUCCGCUGGGUCCCAAAUAGGCUCCAUGAAACUGGGGAGUCCUUCCCUGCCAGUCUUCUCAUUUGUCACAGCCUUUGUCCCUCCCCCAACCCCUGUGCCCAGCCCACAUACUUCCCCGUUUGGCCCACAGCACUUCGGGCCUAACCACAUGCCCCAUCCCUAGAGUGCUCUUUUCAGCUGGGGAGGGGAAGAGGUGCUGGCUCCUUUCCAGAGAUGCUUCUUGUAGAUGUGAAAGACCCUAGGUCCUGCCUUCGAACUCCUGCAUCCUCAGGAGGGGAAAAGGGACUGGGAAGCAAAGGGGGACCUUCGGGCCCCAAAGAAUGGACCCUUGGAGACUCCCAUCCUCUUUUCCCCCUCACCAAGUGCCCAGGAGACCCCCAGCUCAGACCAGCCCAGGGCCUUGCCCAGUGGCAGGGGAAAGGGGCACCUCACUCCACCUCGAAAUCAUUCAACUGUCCCUGUCCACCUCACCACCCAGAUCUUCCACCACCCCUCCAGCUGCCCCGUGCUCUGCGUCACAGGCAGCAGAGUUGGGCAGCUUUCUUACGCCAUUUUCUACACUGUGCUUCAUGAGUAGAACUUUCUUGCACUAGUUCCUAUGACUGAGUCUCCAAGCUGGAUUCCUAGUAAUGCCCCCUCCCUUCCGCCGUCACCUGGCUAUGAUUCAGUUGUUUCCCCUUCCCCUGCCUCUGUGUUUCGGUGAGAGUCUCUGUACGUGUACUGCUUUCUGUUUUGUUGCAUUGUGGGGCAGAGGCCUCUCUGCUCUUGUUCAACCCCAUAAAGAAAUAAAUGGUAAGACUUGA